UAAAGUCCUUUAAUUAUUAAAAUGCGUGUAAUUUUGAAUAGACUGCUUAACUAUUACUUUUUAACUUUAAUAUAAUGGCAACUUUUACCGGAAACAAGCAGUAACUCAUAUGUUUCAAUGUUUCACAACCUGCUCAAAACUCAGACAGCCAUCUUUUGUGGAAAAAUCAUUUGUUUCGUCUCGUCAGGGUAAAUUUCGCAAUUGUAAUUAAUGUCAGAGCCACAGUCUUCGCUUUUAUUGAAAAAGCAGCUAGCUGAAUUGAACAAAAAUCCAGUAGAAGGCUUUUCUGCUGGGUUGAUAGAUGACAAUGACAUAUACAGAUGGGAAGUCCUCAUCAUCGGUCCUCCAGACACGUUAUAUGAGGGUGGAUUCUUCAAGGCACACUUACAUUUUCCUAAAGAAUAUCCUCUGAGGCCACCGCGGAUGAAAUUUGUCACUGAAAUAUGGCAUCCGAAUAUCGAAAAGAAUGGUGAUGUUUGCAUAUCAAUAUUACAUGAACCUGGUGAUGACAAGUGGGGCUAUGAAAAGGCCUCAGAGCGGUGGUUGCCAGUGCACACAGUCGAGACCAUUCUUAUAAGUGUAAUUUCCAUGCUGGCAGACCCUAAUGAUGAGAGCCCCGCCAAUGUUGAUGCUGCGAAAGAAUGGAGAGAAUCAUAUUCGGAGUUUAAAAGGAAAGUAGCACAGUGUGUGAGAAAGAGCCAAGAGGAUUGUUCCUAAGUAACAGUGCCCUUUUUCAUUAAUUUAGUUGGAUAGUGAGUGUUUGGUGAUGCAGUUAGGACGUUGUUGAGAGCAGGCCCCGGCGUGACUCAUAGUGCGGGCCCACCCACCCGGGCCAGAGACAAUAUUGAAAUUGAUUUAAAAUAAAUACUUAUUGUAAUUAAAAGGUAUCGCUGCCGUAUUUUAUAAAUAAUAAAUUAAAAUAGAAUCCAAGGUCUUUUUCAUCUUUUUUAAGACAUGUUGCUAUUGUUAUAAUAAUGAAAUAUGUAUGGUAAUUUUUAUAGAAAAACAAAUCUGCAUUUUGUUGUCUUUACUUCCUAAUAUGACUACAAGUUUGAUCUCUGUAUAGUAGAAACCAAAUCUGAAGUAAUUUAAAACAAUGAUUAAUUAUUUAUUACGUAUCGCAACUUAUGUUAUUGUAAAAAUAUAAACAAACAUGCAAUACUUAAAACAUGUCAAAAUUAUAAAAAAUGUAAAAUGAGCUACCAAACUUAUAAUUUGCAUGAUAAUUAGUUACAGACUUGAUGCAAUGCAAUACUAAUUGUGUUAUUGGUAGCCUUUAUAACGUCGCUUCUCAGAAUUACAAUUUUAUUCUAGUGCUAAUUUUAGUAGUUUUAAUACUUAAUUAUAAUUUUUACUGAAUAAAUAUAACUUUUGUAAACUUAUAAUUGUAUCGAUUCUACCUUGCCCUCUAUGCACAUAUGAAUAAAGCACAGGUUGACAAAAUAGCAGCUGUUAGGCUAUCGCAAAGCGAUGGUGUAGCGAGCUACACAUACCACUUACAAAUUUUGCUCAACUUUGAAACUAGGCAAGAAGAAUGUUGAAACUGUUUGAUAUCUUUUUAGUUUUGUACAUUAGUUCUCAAUAUUGUCAAUUAUGUUUUUGUGUACAAUUCAAAGAAAAGCUUUGUUACCAUUUUGGAUGUGAAAAUUAAUAUAGUUAUAAAGAUGAUAAAUGAAAACCCCUCAUAUUCGCUCGUAUAUCAUCGAACAUUGAUUUGUGACGUGUGUAUAAUACUUUUCCCUGUGUAUGUAUAUUUUUUGCUAUAAAAUCAUAAUGCAGUGA